AUGAACUAUCCGUCAAAGAACUUGGAACAGGAGGCGCUGGCUACACUUUUGGAUUCUGUCUGGGGGUUGGUCCGUCCAAAUACUGAUGAUUUCGACGCGUUGGCCAAAUCUCAAGCCCAGUCAUACUUUGAUCAUUACAAAGAUCUCCUUUACGAUGCCUCAUUGAUUCGGAAAGAGGAAAUCACUCUUGGUAAGAUCGACGAACAAUGCCAGAAGGUGGCGGAAAUCGUGCAGAUUGUGAAGGGAAACUUGCACCGGCCAAUAUCAGAAAUCAAAGCCGCCGUGAUAGCUUCCGGACAAACUACUUGGCUCGUCCGCCAGGAUGAUGCAACCGCAUUGAGCAAAAUUGUUGACUUUGCUGUCCGGCUAUGGCUUUUCAUGCCCCUACACGCCGACAAGAUCGCUCGCAAACGAGGAGAUGAUUUCACAGCGGCGAUGAAAGGACUUGAUGGGACCACUAUUCAAGAGGAGACCAAGAAGUGGAUGCCUUCGCCGCUUGAGUUGCGUGGGAAAUUGUCGUAUGACUUUACCAUCGAAAAUCUGGUCGAUAUAGCAGGGCUCUCUUUCUGGCCAACGAGCGUACUUGGGGACCAUCUUAUGAUGGAACACUUCGCCACAACAACAAAGAUACAUGUCUUUCGUCACGCAACAGCCAUUGAAAAGUACAAAGACGAAGACCACGGGUAG